UCCUGUGGGGAGAACGCUAUCUUGUGUUUCUAUCUUUGAUGAUCCCCUCGAAUUAGCAUUCGCUCACACCACGUCACAUGUUGAGAUUGAGGCUCAGCUUAGUUCUUUUGCACCGUUUCUGCCUCUAAUUAUUGAGAAUCAUGGUUAAUGUGGUGUUUGUUCACCCUGACUUAGGCAUUGGUGGAGCAGAACGACUUAUAGUUGAUGCUGCUUUAGCUUUGCAAGAACAGGGACAUUCAGUGAAGAUGUUUACAGGUCAUCAUAACCCAGAGCACUGUUUCUCAGAGACCCGAGAUGGCAAGCUGAGUGUUGUUGUUGUGGGGGACUGGUUACCCAGAAGCGUGUUUGGUGUCUGUUAUGCGCUAUGUGCAUACAUCCGAAUGAUAUAUGUCGCAUUAUAUGUAUCGAUUUUUAGUGGGGAAGAAUAUGAUGUUGUUUUAUGUGAUCAGAUAUCGGCAUGCAUUCCAUUCUUGAAGUUAAAAUCUGGAAAA